UGGAAUAGCGGCUAGCGUAUAUACGCAACACUUCUCCUUUCUCACUUCUGCAUGCGCUAUGGAGCUACAGUCAUGUAUAGGUGUGCGUGAAUAGCAUACUAUGUUUAACACAGCAGCAGUGAGAAAGGAGAAGUUUUGCACACACGCGCUCGCCGCUAGUCCACGAUGAAAUUCAUCAUCACGAUAGAACCUCAUCUUACUGUUUCGCUUGGGUAGAUCUUAAUUUUUUAUUUAAUUGUGACUUAGUUUAUUUAGGAAAUCAUCGGAAAAGGAAAAAAAUUGAAAGUUGUCGAAAACUUGUAAUCAUCAUCAGAAGAAAUGAAAGAAAAAUCUAAUUAUUUUGUUUUUCAGAUGAUUUUGCAAUUUUUCUUUUUUAAAUUAAGUGACGACAAGAUGUGUAAGGCUAUUUCAAAAACUUGGCUUUUCGUUUUCAAUUUCAUCUUCUUUAUUGGAGGCGUAGCAUUGUGUACAUUAGGUGGCUUGAUACUAGCUUAUCGUGAAAAAGUGGAUGCUGUUAAAAAUGCCGAAGAACCAUUGAGCCUUGGGAUUGUACUUGUGGUUAUUGGUGCCAUAAUCAUGAUCGUUACAUUCUUAGGGUGUUUUGGUGCAAUUUCAGACAAUAAAUGCAUGCUUCUAACGUUCGCCAUACUUCUUUCGUUGAUUGUUGCGGCUCAAGUUGGUGUAACAGCUUAUGGUGCGGUACGAAUAGAUUUACCAAAAAGAUUAACGUCUGUUAUUGUUGGUUCACAAUGGAACCAACAAUCACAUAAGAGUCUCAUCGAUUGGUGUCAGAAAGAGUUUGAAUGCUGUGGUUAUAGGAACUAUAACGAUUACAAGAAUGACACAAACCUUAUAUUACCAUCGACUUGCUGCAAAGGCCAUGAAAAUGACCACAAAUACAACUGUCCUGAGAAAGAUGCGUACAAGAAGGGAUGUAAACAAGCUUUUUUGGACUUCUUGGAAAAUUAUCGUGCUAUCAUCAUUGGCGUUGUCGUUGGCUUCGCCCUAAUCGAACUCGUUGGCAUUGUCUUUUCAUGCGUUUUGUUCUUCAGAAAAAACAGAGCAGUACACUACUAAUUCAUGGUUUAAUAAGUUCAAUCGCGCUACAAAAUCGCAGACCCAAAGUUUCCACUAAAUGAAAUCGAUGAAAACAUUUUUUUCAACGCCUGCGUUGUAAACUUUAGGUGUUCCUUGAUAUCCAUACUUUAAGCAAACAAUGAAUAUGUUUGAAAUGUACGUCAACUUUUCUUUUCUGUGUUGAAUAAAUUGCAAAUAAGCAAAUAUUCGGAGUUGUAACAAU